UGUUUCUGUGGUUCCUUCUUAAGGGGGAAAAAGCCUUCAGGUUCUAGAAUGAGCAUCGGCAGGUUUUUAUAAAUGGUUUUGUGGCAGGAGAGUUUGGGUACAAACUGGGCGGUCCUGGAUGAAACAGCUGCUUGCCUUCUGAGACAUUGUCAGCGUGGUUUUUUUUUUUUUCUUGCCUCGCUCACCUCCCAGGAUGACUUGUUCUCAAGAAUAUGCCCUGGAUGACAUAGCUGAGCUUGCUUUCUCUUAUCUGAGAGCAGGAAGUCCAAAGGUGAGUGAUGGAGCCUCCUGCUGCUCUUUGCUUUGCAGAAAUUAAGGAGGAGCCUGAUACGGUUUCCUGGACAUGCUGGGAAUAUUAGAAAAUGUACUUUGGAGAGGCUGAAAGAAGACCAGAGAAUAUGGUAUUCACAUUUGCUUCCACGGAAUCCAACCAAUCUUUCUUUGGGAAGAGGAACACAUCGUGGCAAGAGAUCUUCCCUAAACAGGAAAAAAGCUCUUAAAGGAUUUCAUCCUCCUCCUUCCCUGUGCACAAACUCUGCCAAUCUCCCAUUCCAUGAAGAUGACUUGGUGGAAGAAGAAAUUCUGCCGGAGGCAUCAUCUGUGGGCUUUGGGCUGCUAUAUGCUGCUGGCUCUUGUUGCUUUGAGACUUUCUCUCAGACUGAAAUGUGACGUAGUUUCCCUGGAUCUGGAGUCCAGGGACUUGCAAAGCCAGCACUGUAAGGACAUCUUGUACAAGUCCCUGAAACUGCCAGCAAAGAGAUCCAUCAACUGUUCUGGGAUCACCCGAGGGGACCAGGAAGCAGUGAUCAAGGCUCUCCUGGACAACCUGGAGGUCAAGAAGAAGCGGGAGCCUUUCACAGACACUGACUACCUCAACAUGACCAGGGAUUGUGAGCAGUUUAAGGCCAAAAGGAGGUUCAUACGGUUCCCACUGAGCAGAGAAGAAUUAGACUUUCCCAUCGCUUACUCUAUGGUGGUCCAUGAGAAGGUUGAAAACUUUGAAAGGCUGCUGCGAGCUGUGUAUGCCCCUCAGAACAUAUACUGUGUCCACGUGGAUGAGAAGUCCCCAGAAACUUUCAAAGAGGCAGUCAAGUCCAUUAUUUCAUGCUUCCCGAAUGUCUUCAUGGCCAGUAAAUUGGUUCGGGUGGUUUACGCCUCCUGGUCCAGGGUGCAGGCUGACCUGAACUGUAUGGAAGACUUGCUCCGGAGCCCGGUGCCAUGGAAAUACUUACUGAACACCUGCGGGACAGACUUUCCUAUAAAGACCAAUGCCGAGAUGGUCCUGGCCCUCAAGAUGUUGAAUGGGAAGAACAGUAUGGAGUCAGAGAUACCUACUGAGUACAAAAAGACUCGCUGGAAAUAUCACUACGAAGUGACAGACACGUUGCAAGUAACCAACAAGAUGAAGGACCCUCCCCCUGAUAAUUUACCUAUGUUCACAGGGAAUGCCUAUAUUGUGGCUUCUCGAGGCUUUAUCCAACAUGUCUUAGAGAACCCCAAAUCCCAGCGGCUGAUCGAAUGGGCCAAAGACACCUAUAGCCCCGAUGAACACCUCUGGGCUACCCUUCAGCGUGCACCAUGGAUGCCUGGCUCUGUUCCCUUCCACCCCAAGUUUCACAUCUCAGACAUGACGGCCAUCGCCAGGCUGGUCAAGUGGCAAGACCACGAGGGAGACAUCAGUAUGGGGGCACCUUAUGCCCCUUGCUCUGGAAUCCACCAGCGGGCUGUCUGUGUUUAUGGGGCUGGGGACCUGCACUGGAUUCUCCAGAACCAUCACCUCUUGGCUAACAAGUUUGACCCCAAGGUGGAUGAUAAUGUUCUUCAGUGCUUAGAAGAGUAUUUACGCUAUAAGGCCAUCUAUGGGGCUGAACUCUGAGAUACACCUUGAGAGAACUGCUACCCGAGGGGCAGGAACAGAUGUAAACAUGCCCAGGACGUGCUGGGACAUUGUGGGGUGGAGACCGGGGCUCUGGAAUCCGCGGCAUCCCCCGGUGGAAGGGGACUGCUCUUGGAGUGUGGGUGAGUCGGUCUGUUGCCCUGCAGAUGACUGCGCUGGGUGAAUGCUGAUUCUUCGCUCACCCCACUUCCAGUGGCUCCUCCACUGACUUUCUCAGAGUUGAGAAUAAAACCAGCUACUUGGGUGAGUGAGGGAGGGAAGUGUGGCAGGAGACCCUGGAUUUCAGCUGAAUUCCUGGUGUCAGCUUUUCCACUCUUUGGAAAUGCCAUUCCUAGUAAUUCUAGGCUUAGUAGAGGGGAGGGGAUUUUGAUGGAAAGAGAGCCUUCUAUUUUGUACUAUUAACUUAAAAAUAAAUAGCUUCUCAUUCAAAUCCUUACCUGUACUUUUUGUCUAGUAAGCCAGAAGUAAGAUAAAACUGAGACUUUCUCUCAUAACUGUUGGUGACACUUAAGAUCCCUCGAGGCUGGCCAGAGAAUCCCAUUGCUCCAGAAUGAUCAUGGCAGGCUGCAUAAGGGGCAGAUUCAGAAGAACAUGGAGGAACACAGCUGAUUCGUUCAUUACUGAAAUCCAGAUUCAUGACUUUAAGGGGGAAGGUGAGGUGAUUUGACCAGUUUGGCCACCCAUAUCCUUACGGGAAAAUUACAGCACUAAUUUUGCCAGCUUCACAGCCAAAGCUUAAUGUUCCAUAACCAAGAAUACAGUAACCAUUACUAAGGUCACCAUAUAAUUUAUUGUUCAAACUGGAACAGAUUUUAGUUGAGGGGCUGUAGUAUUAAUAAUUACAUUGGGUAACAAGAAUAAACUAGGCCUGGUUAUUCUGUCUUUAUGCCUCUCGAGUCUAGACUCUUAUUUAAGUAUGUGAACGGAAUGGUCAGUGUUCAUGGUGUUGUGGCUUAUACGUUUCCUUGGGGGGAGACAGUUUGUGUGCGUGCGUGCGUGUGUGCUCUCUGCCCCACCCUUCCAUGCACCUGCCCAACAAAUAUUACCGAGUGAACCAGUUUCCUUUCUAAAGCUCCAGAGCUAAUUGUCAGGUAAUUGCAGGCAACUGGCUACUAGUCAUUCUCUUCUGUGGUUGGAAAGAAGUCCUUUAUAAACAGAUGAGCAUAUCUUGUAUAUAGUAGAGCUGGUCUACAUACAGUGUGCUCUGGAAAAGUGAUUCAUAUCCAAAAUAAUUUGUGUAAUUUGAAUGACGUUCCCAAUAAUAUGUCCUGAUGUCAUUAGUGUGUUUCAUUCUGUGAUUCAGUUAAUCAGGUUUUCUCUCAACAAUCCGCUUUCCCUGCAACCCAUGUGCUCUGACUUAGUCGUCACUGUGUCUGACGCCUUGAAUCUUCUAAGUCAGUGAUUGCUCUUUGUCAGGUUGUGCUCCUUUGGUAAUGGGCACUGCCACCACCAACUUCCCUGCACUGGCACACUGAGUCCUCCCCUGCUUGCUGUCAGCCCCACCACGGGGGCGACUAAUGACCAGUGAUACUCUCAGCAGAUGAGCCCUGCAAGGUCCGUUCCCAGCAGUGGCUGUGGACCUCUCUGCCCACUAGCCUCGGUCCUCCUCUGAGGGGGGCUGCCGGGGGCAGAAAAGCUUCUGAGUGCAGGUGUUCUGAGGAAAGAACGUGGGUCUUUGGGUUCAUACUCAACUUUCUCUAUAUGUUUUGUGUGCAGUAAAAGAGAACUUUUUAUAAAAACAAACUAAAAAGAUUAAAAUGUGAAGCUGUCACUUGGGGGAAGAAGUUGCAGGAAUCCCCCAAGCAUUGAAAGUUCCUCUAGAAAUACAUUCGGGUGAGUAGGAAGUACUCUUUGUUUAAUAACAAAUGUAAGGUCUUCGUAUCAGAAGGGUCACAUUUCUCCCCCGUUUGCUUAGUGUAUUUUAGAAACCGUGCGAUUAAACCAACACAUCUGUUGAUUUUUCCUUUCCUCUGCGUCAUAUCAGCUUCUUUAACCUUUUUCUGGAAAGGAAACAUCUUAUUAAUGAAAUGAGCAACUCUGUUUGUAUUACUUCUCAAGGCUUGACUUUCCCCUUUAUUUUUGAUUUGUGGACUAUGGGUGAAUGUUGUUUUAAUAACUAUAUUUUCACAUAUUCUGCCUAUUGUAAUCUUUGCUCUUGAUCGAUUGAAAAUUUAAGACAGAAAUGAAAGGCAGUUAACCUUGUUUAGGAACAGAUGACAUAAUUUAUUCGGGGAGAUCAAUUUUCCGGGUUAAAAAGGGAAAGAAUAAUUAAAUCCAUUACCUGCCUUACGUAUCUGUUCCUUCUCGUUCCCUUUAGUCGAUCGCUCAUCACAAAGCUAAGUGAUGGCCCGCUUCUCUAUGACGCUUGAGUGUAUGACAAGCAACGAAGUAACUCAUUCAUCCAUUCCACAAAUACUGCCUAAGCUGUUAACAUGUCCCAGGAUUGUUCCUGACACUGGGGAUAGUGCAGUCCAUGAGACAGACAGGAAUCCCCACGCUUAUGUUGUUCACAUACUGGUGGGAAAACAGCUCUAAGUAGAUAAGUAAUGCAUAUGCUUGUUAGAAGGAGACAGGUGCUAGAGCGAAAUUGAAGGAAGUGAUGGAGACCUUGGGAGAGUGGGGAGGGGAGGAAAAUUUUAAAUGGUGUGGUCAGGGAGGCCCUUACUGAAAGGGCGACAUUUGAGUGAACAUCUGAAGGAGAUGCAGGAAUGGUCCAGGAGGAUGAAUGGGGGAAGAGCGUUCUAGGUCAGGAGGAGAGAGGUGUAUGGCCCUGAAGCAGGAGCACACCGGCCAUGUGUGAGGAACAGCAAGGAAGCUGGUGUAAAUGGCGCAGAGCAAAGGAGGGAGGAGGAAGGAUGAAGAGUGUGGGGUUGGGGUGAUACUGUGAAGGCCCUGGUGACCCAUUACAUAGGUUUUUGUCUUCCCUGAGUGACACUUUAGGCCACUGGCAGGUUUCGAGCUGAGGACUGACAUGAUCUGAUGAGCAUUUUAAUGCUCCGUUGAGGACAGACUGGGAGGCGAGGGUGAAAGCAGGGAGGCCAGUCAGGAGGUUGUGGUCAUAAUCUCAGCACUGAUGAUAGUGGUGUAAGCCAGGGCAGCAGCAGUAGACAUGGUGAGAGUGGUCCAAUCCUGGAAAUGCUUGGAAGUUUGAGGGUUUGCUGACAGAUUGAGUUUCUUUCUGAGAGCAGUGGAGGAGUCGAGAAUGACUUCAAGGAUUUUGCCCUGAUGAUAAGUUGGACGGACAGAGUUACCAUUAACCAAGACAUGGAAACUGCAAGAGUAGUUUCUUGAGGGGAGGAUUAGGAGUUCGCUUUUGAACAUAGAACACUCGAGGUGCCUGUUAGACAUCUAAGGAGAGAUGCCGAGGAGAUGAAUGUGACAGGAGUCUGGGUUCAGGAGAUAGAUCUGGACUGGAGACACUUACCUGGUGUUCGUCAUUUUGGAGAUUGUGCAAAGCCGGGAAACUGGAUGAGAAUCCCAAUGGAGUGAACACAGAGAAAAGAGGCUCCUAAAUGAGUUUUGGGAGCUCUCCAAAAUGCAGAGGUCACAGAGGUGAGGAGGAACCGACAAGAGAAAGUGGGAAAGGAGUGACUAGCGUAGUAGAAGGAAAACAGUAUGUAGUAUUCUAGAAGCCUAAAGGAGAGUGAUUCGGCAAAGAGGAAGUUGAUGACUAUGGCCAAAACUUGAGAAUCACGUAAGAUGAGGAGGAGGAAGUGAUUAUGGCAUUUAACAAUGUGGAGGUGACCUUGAUAAGAUCAGCUUCUGUGCAGCGUGGAGGUGAGAACACAGCUGGAGGUGGUUCAAAGAGAAUGUGAGAACAAAGCUGGAUUCAACAAGUAUAGACAACUUUUGAGUCUUACGCUCCUUUGCUUGGCUUAAAGCAAAAAUACAGUAAUUGAAGGUUGUUUGUCUUAAAAAUUAGGUUGAUGGCAAGGAUCGAGUCAAGAGGAAAAAGUGAAGGAAUGAGACAGGAUACUUGAAAGAGUGACUCUUGGUGAAGAAGACGUGGUAAUGAUGUAGUUCAUGGGAGAAAGGGCCUGUCUGAUGGAAGUGUGAACGACAGUUUGCCCACAGUAACAGGAGUGAAGGCAGGGUCGGUGGGCUCACAUGCACAUAGAUGGGUCAAUGUGGUGGUUUGUGGAAUUCUAUUUUUCUUUUUUAACUAACAUUUUAUCUUAGGUAUAAUAUCCAUGUAGAAAAGUACAAAAAUCACAAGUAUAUAGCUCAAUAAUUUUUACAAAGUGAACAAACCUGUGUAACUAGAACCCAGAUCAAGAAACAGAGCAUUAGCAGCCACGCAGAGGGCUCCUGUGUUCCUUCCAGAUUACUCCCCGAGCUGCGGUGAAGAUAACCACUGUCCUGACACUGACACUGAGCGGAACCAGCGGGGCCCUCCUGGGUAUAAGCCGUUCCAUGUCCCCGGUUCUUGUUGAUCGAAAAAGCUUUCCUUUCCUAGGCCUUCUUGAAGUUCCCAAAAGCGGACUCAAACAGUUAAUGAUCGGAGAAGUGGAAAAUGCAGGAGCAAAGGAAAGAGCUUGGAAAACAGUCACAGGACUCCUAGUUCAUCCCAAAGGAAUCUAGAUAACAACCUAACACAUAUCUUGGAGUUGUUCUGCAGAAACUGAGACCCCUCCAUUUGGUGCAUCACAAGCUCAUAGACCCCAGACUGGCUGGAACCAGAAGAUUGAUGAUUAAGAUUCCCCAAACCUCACCCUGUUGCCUUUCCACCAGCCAAUCAGGAAGAAUGUCCAUGAGCUGACCAUGCAUCCUGUGACCCCUAAUGUUGCCUUUAAAAAUUUUUACCCAAAAGCCAUUGGGGAGUUUGGGUCUUUUGACCCAAGCAUUAGCUUCCUGUUCUCCUUGCUUGGCACCCUGCAAAUAAAUACUGUACUUGACUUUAUGGCAAUCUGCUGUUAGUAGAUUGGGUUUGCUGCUUACAAAAUGGUGAGUGGUGAGUGGGCCUGAGUUCAGUCCAGUAACUACACCAUAGAUUCUUUUGCCUGUUUUUGAUUUUUUUUUGAAAGUACUGUGUUCCCUUUUGUUUAUGGCUCCUUAAACUCGCCAAUAUGAGUUUCAUCUAGGUUGUGUGUAGGAACAGCACAAUGAUUUUCACUGGUGUGUAAUAUUCCACCUAUGAAGCUACCAUAGUUUACUCAUCCUAUUGCUGAUGAACGUUUGGGUUGUUUUCAGCUUUGAGCCAUUAUGAAUUGUGCUCCUAUGAACCUUCUUGAAAUGUUUUAAAGAGAACAUAUGUAUACCUUUCAAUUGGGUAAAUGUGUAGGAGUGAAGUUGCUGGGCCAUAAUGUAUACACGUUUGCCUUUAGUAAAUACUGUCCUAUAAUUUCUAAAUGAUCUGCCAGUUUAACUCCUGCCAGCAAGGUGUGAGAGUUCCAUGUGCUCCAUUUCCUUGCUGGUAUUAGUAUCUGUGUUUUGUCAUUUUAAUUAUUCUGGUGGCUGUUGGUGGUAUCAGAGUGCUGAUUUAAUCUGUAUUUCCCUAAUGACUGAUGAUGUUAAGUAGCUUUUCAUAUGCUUAUUAGCCAUUUGGAUAUCCUGGAAGUUCUCCUUUUAUUACCUUUAUUUUGUUCAGUGAAAUAAAGAGCAAGAUGAUUUUA